CACACAUAACGGAGAGGGAGGGGAGAGAGGAUGGCGAUGGGGAUGUGGUCUUAGGAGCGGCUUUUUUUCCUCUCUUUAUGUCAUUUCACCUGUCGACGUGAAGCAGCGUGUGAUCCCACUGUUUUUCUUUAAACCCCCGGCUGCUGCUCUGCUCUACAUUGUAAUAUCCCUGUGCGCCUUGGACCAGUCGGUACACCCACCACCACCACCUCCAUCAUCCUCAUCAUCAUCAUCCUCAUCAACAUCAGCAUCAGCAUCAUCAUCAGCAGCAGAAGCAGCAGCAUCAUCUGUAACCAUGUCGGACUCUGAGGACAUGACGGAGUUCGCCAGCAUCGUGGAGCGGAUCGAGCGAGGCGAGAUGCGGCGCAGCAGCAGCACAGUUGCGGUCCCGAUCAAGAACAUCGAGAGGGAGCUGAUCUGCCCGAUCUGCAAGGAGCUCUUCACCCACCCGCUGAUCCUGCCCUGCCAGCACAGCGUCUGCCACAAGUGUGUCCGAGAGCUGCUGCAGCUGAACCACGAGGACUCCUUCGACGCCGGCUCCGAGUGCUCCCUGCCGGGCAGCCCCAGGUCCAGGGUGCCCUCGCCCUCUAUGGAGAGGCUGGACAGGCUUGUGAGAUCAGGUCCUCGGAAACGGAGUGGAAAUACUGCCUUGAAAACUGAGAUAAAUCCAGCACUCCUCGCUUCCCCUGUCCCCCAAAAACGCUCCAUCUCGUCCCCGGGGUGGCGCAGAGGGUCCGUGACUCCACGGGUCACCACCAUCGCAUGCCCAGGCUGCCAACAUGACAUCGACCUCGGCGAGCGCGGCAUCAGUAUGCUGUUCCGUAACUUCACCUUGGAGAACAUCGUCGAGCGAUACCGCCAGGCGGCCCGAGCCGCUGUGGCCAUUAUGUGUAACAUCUGCAAGCCUCCACAGCUGCAGGAGGCCACAAAGAGCUGUAUGGACUGCAAGGCGAGCUAUUGUAACGAGUGCUUCAAGCUGCACCACCCCUGGGGCACACCCAAAGCUCAGCACGAGUAUGUUGGUCCCACAACAAACUUUAGGCCCAAGGUGCUCAUGUGUCCGGAGCACGAGAUGGAGAAGGUGAACAUGUACUGCGAGGUCUGCAGACGACCCGUGUGUCACCUCUGUAAAUUGGGAGGAUCUCACGCCAACCACAAAGUCACGUCCAUGGGCAGCGCCUACAAGAUCCUCAAGGAGAAGCUGGCCAAGAGUAUCCAUUACCUCAUCAGCAAAGAGGACCAGGUCAGGACUCAGAUUACUGAUCUUGAGCAGCUCAUCAGUCACACCGAGGAAAACGGUCAGCUAGCAGAGCGUCGAGCCAACGAGCACUUUGAGCGACUGUUUGAGACUCUGCAGGAGAGGAAAUCGGAGAUGCUCAGAUCCAUUGAACAGUCUCGUAGCCGACGCCUGAACCAACUCAAGGGCCAGGUGGAGGAGUACCAAGGCAUGUUGGAGAACAGUGGUCUGGUGGGCUACGCUCAGGAGGUGCUGAAAGAGACGGACCAGUCCUGCUUUGUACAGACCGCAAAGCAGCUGCAUGUCAGGAUCCAGAAGGCCACUGAAUCUCUGCGGACCUUCCACCCUGCUGCUGACCCCUGCUUUGAUGAGUUUGUUCUGGACACGUCCAGAGAAGAAACUCUUCUCAAAGAGAUGUGCUUUGGUGGAGUUCCAGACCCUCCUCUGAUUGACCUGUCCCAUAGCAGAGUCUAUAACGAGGCCUCCAUCACCUGGAGGCUGUCGGAUGACCACCUACCAACCGAUCACCACGUGCUUGAGUACCGCAGACUCAGCGGCCCAAGUCAAUCCCCGUCCCAGGAGGACGGCGAGGACAGUGGGGUCUGGAGGGCGACAGACCGAGUGUAUGGUCCGAGCACUGUCGUGUGUGACCUGGAGGCCGACAGCCUGUACUCUUUCAGGGUCCGAAGCUGCAGGAACUCCAUGUUCAGCCCCUACAGCCCCGAGGUCUCCCUCCACACACCACCUUCGCCCGCUUUAGGUUUCCUGUUCAGCGACAAGUGUGGCUUCAGUACGGAGAGGCUCAUCCUAAACAAGCGACGGGACACCGUGGAGAGCGUAGCGGGCAUGGCCUACCUCCUUGCAGCAGAACGUGUGCAGACGGGCAGCUAUAUUGGACUAGAUUACAUAAUUGGGGACACGGGCAUCUCUCAGGGAAGACACUAUUGGGCCUUUAAGGUGGAACCAUACUCCUACAUGGUUAAAGUUGGAGUGGCCUCUGACUCAAAGCUGAUUGAAUGGUUUCACAAUCCCAGAGAUACCAGCAGUCCAAGAUACGACCAUGAUAGUGGUCAUGACAGCGGCAGUGAGGACACGUGCUAUGAGCUCUCGCAGCCCUUCACCCUCCUCACACUCGGCAUGGGCAAACUCUUCAUCCCAAAGGCCUCUUCGUCCGCCUCUGGUUCCACUGCAAACGCCGCGUCCGGAGACCCCGGCAAUCGAGUGCUUCCCAUGCCGCAGCGCCUUGGGGUGUGUCUAGAUUACGAUGCAUGCCGGGUGUAUUUUUACGACGCCGACACCAUGAGGUGCCUUUAUGAGAGGCAGGUUGAUUGCUCAGGAACGAUGUAUCCAGCCUUCGGCCUCAUGGGCAGCGGCAAGGUUCAACUGGAGGAGUUCAUCACUGCAAAGAGACUGGCCUUCUGAUAAUGGGUGGAAUAUGUUGACGCAUUAGGACCUGAAUCUGUUUGAUUUAAGGCAUGUUUUUUUAAGGAAGAGUGGGUUUUUAUUUAUGAUGGAGUACAAUCCGGUCCGUUUUUUUUUCGAUUUUCAGAUGAGGCAGAUGAGAUCAGGGCCUUUGGUCCUUAACUUGAAAAUGGCAUCUCUGCCAGAGCCUUGGCAUGUAUAAUGUAUGACCCACACAUAAGAUGACACUGAAUAUCAGUUUCCACACACAGUGGUCUUGAGAAGUUGGUAUAAAUGGGAAAGGUCUUCUCUACAUACCAAAGUCUCUAUCUGUCAAUUGUAUUUGACCUGUUUUGUUUUUUUUAGUUUUCAGCUACGAUCAGCUGUUAAUGUGGUGGAAUCUUUGUUUUAACUUGAAACGCCUUUGAGGUGACACUUACACUUCCUCUUUUGCCAGGUUUACGUUUCUGGAAAUUUUUGCGUGUAUUAAUUACUCGGUGAUCUUUUGUUUCUUUGGCUCACUUCUGUAACUAUUUGUCUAAAUGUAGCAGCAUAGGUUUCGAUGUUAGUGGACCUGAGGGAGCCUUGUUACUACUUUGAAGCUAGUGCCUUUCUGCCUUUGUUUUUUUUUUUGUUAGAAAAUAGGUCACUUAGUUUGCUCUAGCAAGCAUUUAUUGGUGUCACUGCACAAGCAUAAUGGAAAUACGUAUCAGCAUAUAUACUGUAUGUGAGUUUUUACUGUGGGCAUAGUUUGAUCACAGACAUUGGUGUCAAAGUUAAAACAGUUAAUAUUCAUCGCAACUUAUCAUUUACCUAUUUACUCUUGACGUUAUCACAAAAAACACUACUUUUUCCUCCUCGUCACAGUUAUGUUCCGCAGUUUUUUGCACAGUACGAUGAAUGAUGCCUCGCACUUGAUAACCUUUACUAUAUUCACAUUUCCAUCACUACCUAGGUUGCGUGUCACUGAUGUCGCACUGAAAACCGUUCAGCUUCACUGACACAAACAGGAAUCCUUGAGCAGUUCCUUGGAUUUAAACACCUCUCACUGUUUGCACUCUCGCAUCUGUUGCACUGAAUGUGACUUUCAACAUCUUUAAAAAUGAGAAGAUACCAGAAUAUCGUGUACAGUACUUUUACUCAACUUCACAUUGACCGCUUAUAUCCAAAUCUCGUUAGUUCCGGUGCUGACUAAAGUACAACACACAGCUUUGUGGCCUCACAGCCUUUAAACAGUUAAAAAAAAAAACACACCAUAAUUCAGGUUCUAACAAAAGUGCUAUCACGAAACACACUGUUCAAUACCUUUUUUACAAAACCACAGUUGACUUGCAUUGCAGACACAUGUAGUGUAGCAUAUCAGCAUCUUGUUGGCGAGUUAGGCUUUGAUUAAAGCAGUUUGGAAUUUUAAGAGAGCACGCUAAACGGACGGUUUGCUGGGCGACCACACUUGGUUUUUGUAUAGAUGUAUGUUGUGUAUGUGCCUGCACAUGGGUUUGUUUGUACAUUCAUGUAUAUUUUGAUUUCUGGAGGGUUAGGGUAACUGGUGUGUGUGUGUGUGUUUUCUCAGGUUUCUGGCCCUGGUUGGGGCCCAAUGCUACCUACCUCUAUCUGUCAGGCCUGGAAAACCUUAACUACUGUACCUUUCCUUACAGAAACAUCUUUGGUUUUAUUUGCAGCUCUGUGCGGAACGGUCUGUUCAACAUAUCCGCCUCCUUUCUUUUUAUGUCGAAUAAUAAGCUGAUCUUUCAAAAUGUUUUGUUUUUAACUUCCAUGUACAUAUUAAUUCAGAGUAUAUUAUUUUAGUGAAAUAAAGUACAUAUUAAAUGUUAUUAGGCUGUUUGCUUGUGGACGGAAGAUGUUUAUCACUAUUGGUGGAACUGACUGUAAGCAGAGGUUAACUUGUUCAGCUGCCUUUGUCAAGGGGAGUGUUUUUCAAAUGGUAAUACCUUUCCCUCAUUUUUUUUGUGGUGUUGGUUUGCUUAGAUGGUUUAAAUGUUUUGUUUGUGGAGUAUUGAACAAAUCAUGGGUUUUCGUCUUUGGUUAAAAGCAUUUAAUAAAUUCAUAUUUUUUACAUUUUGCUUCUCAAAAUGAAAUGUCAAGUUUCUGUGAUGGCGUGCUUAUUUUGUUUCUCACACGUUUCUGUCGUCACUCCAAUGCCCACAUACCUGAUUCCUGUUAUAAAAUUGGACUCUCAACACCUACAAUAUGUCUGUGCAUUUACAGUAUGAAUUGGUCUCAAUGUUUUAUUCACAGAAUGUAAUUAAGGAAAUAACAGAAGUGGCUGAAUGUUCAUUUUUGGUCUUCUAUUUAGUUUGUAACACUUGGGGUCACGGCACAUUUGUUAAGUAGUAACAGGAACCUGUUAAAGGGUUUGUAAUCUCAACAGCUUUUCAUUCAUGAACUUAUCACCAAAUAAUUUUGCAGGCUGGCUGUCAAUCUAAUUCCAAGCUAGCACUUUAAAAAUCUGUAGCAUGUCAGCAACUAUAUGUGGCUCUGCAGGUGUCCAUUAUAAAUGUGCAAUAUUAUUAAAUGGGCUGUAGAAUAUAACAGUGUAAGAUAUGAACCUGUUGGGACAAUUUGCACUGAUUAUGGUAUAUAGUUUUGUUAUGGGUUUAAAUUGACUUUUACUUGAGACAAAUUGAAUUCUAAACAUGACUUCAUGUCUUGUUUUGUCCUCGGUAUCACUCAAAUCAUUUUCUGAGCUCUAAAUUAGUUACGGUGCAUUUGUCCAUUUGUUUUUGUUUUUCCAGAGUAUUUGGAUGUGGUGUUUAAAUGUUGGGUUUCUGUAUGUGUAGUAUGUUAAGAUGUGGAAAUACUGUUCUUUGUUCUGAUUCCUGGAAAUGCUACACUUUUUAAUUUGCUGUGGGAAUUUCAUCAAAUAAAACGAUUGUUUUUAAAUCUA